CGGUUAAUGAAGAUCUAUGAACCCGCAGCCAUGCAAGCAGUAAUAUACGAAGGCCCAUUUAACAUCAGUGUGAAAGAGCACCCAAAACCUGUCAUCAUCAAUGAAAGCGAUGCAAUUUUGAAGGUUCAGAUUGCGGGGAUAUGUGGCAGCGACCUGCAUAUGUAUCGCGGUCACCAAAAGACAACCACCGGGCAUAUCAUGGGCCAUGAGUUUGUAGGUAUUGUUGAAGAUAUUGGGUCAGAAGUGAGCAGGUUCAAGGUUGGGCAAAAGGUCAUGUCCAUCUUUUCUCCUAUGUGUAUGAAGUGCUGGUUUUGUGAGCAUGGAUACACAAACCGAUGCGUUAAUGGGCCUUCUUUUGGUAGCAUGUCACUUAACGGUGGCCAGUCCGAAUAUGUACGAGUACCUUAUGCCGAUAGCACUCUCGAGACUAUUCCGCCCGAAGUCAGCGAUGAACAGAUGAUUAUUAUGUGUGAUAUCUUUCCUACAGGGUAUUAUGGGGCGAUGAAAGCCCUGAUGAAAUUGAAGAAUGGAAGGGAGACAGCUGAAUCAAUCGUCGGCGGCACCCUACAUGCUCCAUCUGCACUGCGGCCCAACUUUAAACAGCAACCCCUCAGCGAAGCGGUUGUUGUUUGUCUCGGAUGUGGACCAGUUGGGGUUUGUGCGGUUUUAACGGCUAAAGUUCUUGGGGCUGGAACUGUCUAUGCGGUUGACUCCGUGGAUGAUCGUCUAGAAGAAGCUAGAAAGAUGGGUGCGAUACCAUUGAACCUAAACACAGAUGACAUUUCGGCAAUUGUGAAGUCUGUGACAGGUGGUCGAGGUGCCGAUGCAGUGGUUGAAAGCGUGGGAAACCAGUCGGCAUUGAAACUAGCGUUCGACGUCGUUCGAGCAUGCGGUGUCAUAUCUUCCAUUGGGUUUCAUCAGUCUGAACUCCCAUUCACCGGGUUUGAGGCAUAUUCAAAGAAUAUAGAUCUCAACAUGGGACGCGCGGCAGUUCGCCCAGUAUUUGGUGAAGCACUCAAAGUUUUCGCUGAAAACCAGGAUAAAUUUGCUGAUUUUAUCACCCAUCGCAUGCCUCUAGCAGAAGCACCCAAGGCAUAUGAGAUUUUUGAGAAGCAUCAGGCGCGAAAAGUGAUAUUGACUUUGUAA